AUCAUUUCCAAAAUCGUUAUAUUAAUAAAUAAUUAGCAUCUUUCGUGUUUUCUCUUCAUCAAGAAAAGAAGAAAAGAAGAGGAAAGAGAGCAAAAACGUUGGCCAUGUCAUCUUCCCGAUGGACGUUGAUGGAUCUACCGUCGUACCUGUCGUCAUCUUGGGUGUUCCGGUGGCCGGAGGUUGACCUAUCUUACCUGAGCUCCGGUUGGAACAUGAGGCUGUUGUCGGUGUCUGGUAAUUUCUCAAUCAUCGAUGAUCUCUUGUGGAGUUUGAUCUCGGUCGUUGAAUCUAUGGCUAUUGUUGCUACGCUAUGUUGCUACUUCUUGUUUUGUGGUUGUACCCUCUAAUCUAAAUUAUUCCUUUUUCGCAUUAUUUUAAUUUUCUAGAUUUUGUUGCGAAUUUAGUUACCAAAUGAAAUCUCUGUAAAUAUAAUAAAUAAUGAAUUUCGUGACACUUUCUAGGCACUUUCUCACGUUUCAAACAUGGAAAGAAAAUGAAAGGCAAUUGUUAAACAGCAAAAUAUCAAUUUGGUUUUGCUAUGAGAUUAUUGUUGUACCAUUUUUUCUUGUAAAAUGUUUCUAUGGUAGUACUUAACUAAUGAUCUAAGU